AGAUAGAUUUUCUCUCUAUAUUCACUAGGUACCAGUCUCUACAAGGACACUGACAUUGAAAUUUGCAAAUUGGCAAUGUCGUAUUCAUGUUUGUUUUGUCUUCGUGUCAAGCUGUUGCUUUCUUCAUGUGAAAUUGAUUUUUAUAAAAAAUAAUUUCUAUAUUAUGGGAAAUUUGCUUUCAAGUGUAUGGACUCGAUUAUUGGGACGUGGAGACGUGAGAAUAUUAAUGGUAGGCCUGGAUAAUGCUGGGAAAACCACAAUUUUAUAUCAACUAAAGUUUGGCCAAGUCAUUUCAAGUGUUCCAACUAUCGGUUUUAACGUAGAAACAGUCAAAUACAAGAACAUUUCGUUCACAGUUUGGGAUAUAGGAGGACAAGAUAAAAUACGAAAUUUGUGGAGAGUAUAUUUCCCGGGCUCACUAGGAAUAAUAUUUGUGAUAGAUAGCUCCGACAAAGAAAGACUUGACCAGGCUAAAACUGAAUUACAACGCUUACUCAAUGAAGACCAACUCGAAAAUGUUCAUUUGUUGAUAUUUGCAAACAAGCAAGAUGUGGAGAAUGCUAUGAGUUUGACAGAAAUACGCGAGAAACUAAAUUUAAGUGCUUUGGCAAGACGAUCAUGGUUUGUGCAAGGAACUUGUGCUACCAAGGGAGAAGGUUUGACCGAAGGUUUAGAUUGGUUAGCAAAUCAAAUUGAAAAUAAACCAAGGUUACCCUAAGUUUCACAAUAAAUAAACACAAAUUGCAGUACACAUUAUUUAUUCAUGAUUACAACCAACAGUUUAACUUAAAAUUAUUAAAUAACGGUAUUCUCAACAAUACCUGAAUGAUUCCAAUCACAAAGAUGCUGUAUUUACAAUGAUUAUCUUAUAAAUCUACGUCAUUCCA